UCGGUAACUUACGUUUCAAAUUGUUUCAGAUUUAUGAAAAGUGUUAUGUUGACGUUAGUGAUCGUUUUGUUCGUUGUUUAAAAAACAAUUGUAUAAAGGAUAACAAUCAUUAAUAUAAAUUCAACAACAACAAAUCAAAUUAACACUUUUUAACAGAUAAAUUUAAUAGUGUAUAAUUAUAUUUUAUUUAUUGAGGUUAUGUUAUAUUUAUUCCUUUGAAAAUAUAAUCGAAUAGUAAUGAAGAAAAUAGGUGACAGUGUGACCUUUGAACAGUGUACGACGCAGAAAUAAUAUUUAUGGUGCAUUAGCAUAUUUUUUUCUUAUCAAAAAUUAUGAGUGUUGAAAUGUAAAUAUACGUCAAAAUCGUCAUGGCUGGUGUAAAAAAUGAGGUGAAAAACAUUUUAGAAGCAAAUACUGUUUUUUUACUGAUGAAGAAAGGCUUUCCUAUAUCUCGAAAUGUAAGAGCACAGUGGAUGAUCGAGCAUUUAGACACUGUGAUAAAUAUUCAGUCUCCGGGUUUCAAAAACAAAGAAACGGCAGAAUUGGAAAUUGUGUCUGUGCUACCUAAAAAUAAACCUGAAUCUUGGUCUCCAGAAACAAGUCAUCAGUUCUGUUACAAAGUGACUUCUACAACAUCAAUAAUAUUUUUAGCGCACAAAUAUAGAAUAGUGUUUAAUUUAGAUUUAAGCCCAUCGCUUGCGACUGUAGAUAUACAACAUGGUGAAAUAGUUAUAGACGAAGUCUGUGUAGCAACAAAACGUUUCUUGGAAGGUAUUAUCAAACCUUUGACUAUACCAGGAAGUAACAGAAAAAUGCAACCAGAAAUUUAUGUAACUAUAAUAGCGCAUACACCGUUUUUUACGAGUCCUGCCCAACAAGUUUUGGUACAAGGUUGGCUAGUAACUAUGAAGAACGUUAAUCAGCUUACAAAUUUCAUAGAGGAACAACUUAAUAUAUUAGAAGAGAAAGUUGCAUCUGUUACCGCUAUAGCUAGCCAACAGUUAGAAAAUUUAAGAGCCGAAAGUGAGCGUUUGGUGGGAGGCCUUUUUGAAGAAAGCAAUACCUGUUUGAGCAAAAAUAAUAGCAAUUGUAUGGUAAAUACUUCGAUAAUAUCUCCUGAAUCAAGUUUUGUGAAUAUGUUGAGAUACGGGAUGUUAGCGCUUACACUUCUGCCGGAACACAGUUGUUCGCAUAUGAUAAUCGUGUCGGAUGGUAUAAUAGGAACUACCGAUGUUCAUGUACUAGAUUCUAUUAUACAACAGUUGCGCGCAACUACUGUUGCAUGCAGUUUUUUACGCGUCGGAAGUACAUUUCAUCCUCACUGUGCCGAUGGCUUAGUUCCAUAUCAAGACCUAUUAUAUUUCAUUGCUCGAGCUACUUUGGGUACUUAUAUGUCUUUUAUUCCAUAUGCUACAGAUUUAGACGAAACAGACAUGAAUGUUUAUCACAAGCAUUUUUUAUGCUGGCAAUUAUAUCGAGAUGAACUUUGUGAUAUUUUGCCGUAUUAUCCAAACUGGCACUCGAAAAACUCAUUGUUUUACGAACAAAAAUCUGCUCAUCUUUUACAAAAAAAACAAAUCGAAGAUAAAGUUACUUGUACAUUAAGCAGUCUGUUAUGUUGUCGUCUUCGAGAAGGAUAUUUAAUAAAACGUGCUAAUAUUAGAGAUGAAAUGUUGGAAAUUUGUUUUGUACUGUUAUGGAAGUCUAGCAUUUUAUUAGAAUAUGUAAUAAUGUGCCCUUGGACUACAAAAUCAUUGUCUGUAUCUAAUACAAUACAGUAUACGAUUACUAUAGAAGCGCCGUACGAUUUUUUACAUGACAUUACAUGUUUAUCAAAAAAGCCAUUGAAAUCACAGUAUCGACAAAGCGUUGUGGACCGCUUUUGGACGACUUUAACAGGCUUAACGGAAAGCGAUACCAUGCUUGCGCAUUUCAGUUGGUUUCCAGACUUUGGUUGGACAUGGUAUAGCGUUCCGGACACUAUUAGGAGCGGCAUGCCAGUCUUUUAUUCGUCAGCGUAUCCUUCACCUAGUACAGUACAACUUAGUGAUGCGGCAUGUCCACAAUUUGGACAAAUAUGGCAACCUGUAGUGUCUUUGAAUCCUUUGCAAUGGGCGCGUUGGAUGCACACGCAAAGAGUAACGUUAAUUUUGUCUCACGAUAGACCACUGCCAAAGCAUCUGCAUCAAGCGAAUCAGAGCGGCCGUUUUCAAUGUGUUCAAAGCCGUCAGGCAGCCGCAGUUCUUUACGCCAUGUUAAAAAAUUGGGCAACUUUUGUUCUCGUUGAAAAUUAUACAUACGUGCAAUUCAUUUAUAGAGAAGCGGAGAAACCUCCCGUCUCAUUCUCAUUGAUUCGAAUCAAUUGCAAGGGUCUGUGUGUCAUCCUUAACAUUGCAUUUGCAGCUGGCACGGAGGGAGUUGUACGGCACAAUGUCGUCGUCGAUCUCUUGGAUCGGUUAUCGAAACUUAUUUUACCAAACAGACCAACGGGACAAAGGGAAACGCCGUGUUGCACGAUCAUACACAAAUCCUUAGAAAGAAUUUUAAUCAGAUACGAGCGUAUGCCGACCGAUUUAAACUCAAUUGUAUUUCCCGAUGGAACGCAAACAAACUCGACAAAAGCUACGCCAAUAUUUGGAGGAAUUUUAACGACCAGUUUAUCCAGAUAUUUAUAUCACAACCGAUGGCUUUGGCAUAUGAAGCGGCCAUUUGUCCAAACCAUUCCAGGAAUUACGUUGCCGAGAUUGAACAUAACUGCAAUCGCGAGGAUCCUUUCAACAAUUACAAAGAUGCGUUUAGCUGAAGGCUUUAAUUUUACUUAUUCAGCGGCUGGUAUAUUAAACAUGGUCCUCGAAGUGCAAAUGCAAGGAGUCGAUAAAACCGAUGCAUCGUAUCCAUGCAUUAUACAAUAUAUUCUGUUUCCCCCGCAAGUUUUAUCGAACACAGUGUUGGAACGAGACAGUACAUCGGAGGAAGAUACCGACGAGGGUACCGCCGAUGGUGAAAUGAGCAUGGAUGACUUCGAAAGUUCCGGUGAUUUUCAAAUUAUUUCGGAAAUUUGGAUCGAGCCUCAGUGCGGUUUUGUGCAAUUGCCUGUACAACCAGCAGCCACUUACAUGCAUUUUUUGCAGUAUCACGAACUUCCAGAUGCAAUUGCUCGAGUGGACGAAGAAUGCAUCAACGCAUUGUUGACCUUAGAGUAUUUGAGUUUGUUGAGCCAAGCAGUACCGAAUGAAAAGAAUAACGAGAUCAUUUACGGACAAGCCCAUCAAGUAAAAUUAACAAAGAAGAAUGUCAGAAAUACCAAGACCUCUGGCUGUAACGCCGAGGAAGUGUUCGAGGGUCUGCCAUGCAUCGACGAAAGAAUACGUUUGAUGCACUUUUUCUUCGACACGCUAAACAUAUUGCCAAAAUGCCAACAAGCUGAGCUCUUAUUUUCUAUGUUCGUAAAUGGCACAAAUAUCAAGAAUGAAGGACGAGGGCGUGCAAAUAAGAUCCUAAUGGAUAAUUUUCUAGAGCAUAUAAAACAGUUGCACAAUAAAGAACUUCUUCUAACAUCAGCGGAGUCGCAGAAAUUUACAAGGAUGCUUCUAAACAGACGUCGAGAUGACGGACCGCAUUUACCCUUUUUCUCUCAGAAAGAAAGACGGUUCUACAAUACCGAGCAGAACGUCUACCCACGUUGGAAAUGUUUCGUGAAAGGAAUUAGCUCGACACACGUAAUUAUUACAGUUUUACCCGCAUCGGAGAAAGAUGUGCGCUUGUUUACGUCGCCCGUAUAUGCAGAAGAAUUUUUUGUGAAUAAUAGUUCUGGAAGUAGUUACAAAUCUGGUAUAUUCAGCAUGGAUGUUUAUACGAAAGAUAUUAAUGUCGCCGAUUAUGCAUCAUCGAAAUAUAAUAAAUCGGAAUCGGGCAAUCAGUUCACCGCAAACAUGACAUCAAAAACUAUCGAACAAGAAAGCUUUCAAGAUUACGAAGAAAGUCUCGUUAUUCCUGUUUACGUGUAUGAUUGUUCGCUGGCAUUGUUAAUCGACACACUCACCGAUAAAUUGAAGAUGUCAUAUACCAAAGACAUUUAUCAGGACCAUACGUUUAGAAUUGGUCAUCAGGAGUGCAAGGAUUUUGUCGAAUUAAAAGUUGGUUGUAACUUGAAACCUUCGUCUCCGGAACCGAAAAGCGAGGAUUCGGAUAAUAGCGCAAGCGAUCAACGGAGCCUGAUGGAACAUUGUAAACUGUUGAGCUUGGCACACUGCCACUGUUACGUUGUUGCAGUUUAUAAAUCAUUAGUACUGCAACAACCUCUUAGUUACGAAGAUAUGGAAGCCGCCGUAGAACAAUGCGAGGAAACUCUUAUCGAGAUUAAUAUAACGAAAUAUUUGCGAUGCGUAUGCAGGCAUUUGAGUAAACUAUGCAAAGAAGAUUUGUUAUAUCAGUCGGAUCAUUCUACGUGUAAAGACGUCGAACCGUUGCACAAUUUAAUUAGAGAAAAAUUUGAGAAAAUAAUGACCGUCGCAUUCAGGCCAGUGCCCGCACACCCUGAAUUCUAUUAUUGUUCACCAUCUUGGAUAGUCAAUAAAAUGGAUCUUGUAGGAUAUCAAAAAUCGGACAGUGAUGAUGAAAUAGGGAAUCCUAUCUUUCAUUCGGUGAACGUUGAUUGUACGUCGCAUAACCCUCGUAAAAAAGGAAACAUGACGUGGCCGGCUAAGAAUAUUCAUAGUGUGCUAAAGAUUCCAAACCACGGUUCAACAGAAUCAUUCACCAGUGAUCUGCAAGAGGAAAACAUUUAUGAGAAAGAGCAGCCCCUUUUUUUGCAACUAAACUGCUCUGUUCAAUUUCAGUCUAGAUCCGGCCUUAGUAGCAUUCCAGUAAAAUCUCUCCCCACCUGUCUCAUGGAAAUCAUUGAGAAAAUGGAAGAUUACAAAGAGAGCGAUAUAACUGACUUUAGCUCGACUAAUUUGAAAAUCACUUUGGAUAUCAUCUGCUUGAAUCUUCCAAGAGAAGUAUUAGAAAUUAGUUUGGAACACUACUCCGGUUUAAGAACGACAUCCUUCUCUAGUGGCUCGCCUGUUGGUAGUUUGCAAACAGAAAGCGGAAGUAGUCCGGAGAACAAUACUAGAAAUGAAUUUUUUCCAGAGAAAAUGUCUCAUCUUCCGUUAAAUCAACAUAGCGCGAUAAGCAAUUUAAGAGAUGAGAUUAAAUGGCUUUUGCAAGAUGAAACUACAACCGCAUUGUUGGAUCGACCUUCGAUAAACGAGGAGAUUUUGAAGUUUGUAGCAAAUCACGUUUCAGAAUCGACGGACAGAUUUAGCUGCAAGUUAGAGAAAGUCCCACUACAUUUUGUUUUCCCCUCAGAGGAUAGUAAACCAAAGUUUUUAAACGAAUUGAAAAAACUUGAGAUCGGCAAGUAUUGCAUUAAGCAAGAAGGGCAGUUAUUUUAUUUUAUAAAGAAUAUGGGCCAAGUAUCGGAUGAUACAGCGCAGAAAACUUACAGGGAGGAUAAAAAAGAAACGGAAGCGAACUAUGGUAAUAGCACGGAGAGUAUAACGCAAAAGUUACAAGAAACUGGCAAAAAAUGGAACGCUGAAAAAAGUUGUAAAACUCAUCUCAGAUUUCAAAACUGUGACUCCGAGGCUUCUACUGUAACGCAAGGAAAAUCAGAUGCAGAGGAUGACUACAACGGGCAGAAUUAUUCCGAUAGAGGGUUCAAAUGGCUGAUAGAUAUCGAUAAUCGGAAAAGCUUUUUACCAAACUUCUGGCUAAUCUUGAAAGUAGAAAGCGAUUACGUUAACGUUUACUUCCACUGUAGAUUCCUAGAAAUUCCAUCGGAAGAAGUAACCAGUUAUUGGCAUACUCAAAAGACAUUGAUCUCGCAAAUAAAAAGUACUUGUCGUCGGGUAAACCAAUAUUUGCUUCUGCAGAACCUUCACAAAACGAGCAAAUGUUCCGAUCUGCUAGAAACAGAAACGAGCGAGGAUUAUAAUUGGAAAUCGGAGACGACAAAUGAGCUUAAUAACACUGUACAAAAUAGAGAUUCGAUAGAGACUUUCACUUCGGGGAUGUUUCGGUGUCGCGUAGUUUGGGAAUUCACUUUCCGACUUCAUCCCCGUUUAAAAACUGGGCCUGGAAGAUCAGGACUUUCACGGGGCAUAAAAGCUCUACACGGCGUGCUCAAUAGAUUUGCCGUGACCAAUCGAUGUAACAUGUUUGUGUAUCAAGAAAAUAAUAAAAACGUAUUUUAUUUAAGGCUUCACGAGCAGAUAAGCGACGGUAAAUCCUUACAAAAUAAACUAUCGGACAGCGAUGAGAAACUUGUUGUUUCUAGGAGCAAUAGCGUAGUAUCAUUGUCGCAAGCAAAAUUGAACGAUAACAUCACGUCGACCGAUUCAAGGCCCAGAGUUCGAUCGUUCAGUGAAAAAGAAUCGAACGCCUUAAACAAAACCGAAGACUCGAUCGUCUUGAUGGUACAUGGAAUUUCCGAUGCAGGACCGGAAGUUAAACGUGAUUUGGUGCAAGUUUUGCAGAAUCGUCUGGACGACGCAGUACUUGAAGUCCUGUCCGUUAUGCUGGCGCGAAAUCCAAUGUGUAAAUUGACGCCAGCCGAUGUUCUUUUUAUACAACCGCCAAAACCGCCGGAAUGCAUCAUACAGUUGUGCAUAGAGAAACACUGUAUAUCGUACAUAGCCGCCCUAGAGUUUUAUUUACGACAGAAUAUACUUCAAUUCUUGUACAUACCGAAAUACACCGACAAUAGAAUAGAGUAUCAUUUCCAAGAUUAUUCGCAGCUUGAAGGGUCUACGAAAAGAGUAGCGGAGUCGGAUAUUUUUGUAUACAAUCAAAGCCAUUCUAGCGGAAGCAAAGGGAUCGCUUGCAUAGCAUUAGCGAUCACAGGCGACGACGGGGAACCAAUUAAAUCGUUAAAAGAUAAAUUACCAAAAUACAAUUUCCCAGCGACAAUAAAAGAGGAGGAUUUCGAGUUUAUCGUCUCGACCUCGGUCUAUGAUAAGAACUCGACGAAAUCAUUGCCUCUGAUCGAAUUCAGAAUCUGGAAACAGGGCAGAGUAAAUCUGGAAUCUUUGUUACAAAAAUUAUGUUCCGCGGUUAAACACGCCAUUUGGGACUUAGUCACCGAAUACAAAUUCUUGUCAACUCCUUUAACGGAACCGUUUCUAAAAAACAUUUCGGAGAUAUUUACCGAAGAUAAAGAAACUCAAACGCCGCAAAAGGUAGCGGCAGAUUUAGCGGUUAAUCAUUUUGGGACAGGCGAAGAAUGGAAAUUGCACGAUAUUUAUUGCGUGACGUUGUCACAAUGGUUUCGGUUUGCUUUGGAAAUUGGAGUUCCAUCGGUAAAAAAGCAUGAAAUUCAUAUUUAUCAUAAACAUGCUAUACCCACUAUUGUUAAGGAAUUAGAAAUCCUUAUUCAAUGUCAAGCACCGGAUACUUCUAGCAAAGCUUUUGUUCUGCAAGAUAAGCAACCUUUCAUUCAGAAAUUCAUUUCGAAUGAAAAAUCAUCGAAGAACGAGAAAUACGAUUGUUUCUCCUUAGAAAAUACGGAUAAUAUAAAUUUACCACUUUACGUGCCAUAUGAUUUUAAUAACGACGAACAAAAAACCUAUACCAAGUGUAUAUUAAUUGCUAGAAACUUUUAUCAGUGGAAAGCUUCCUUUAGCGAAAAAUUGCAACCGGAAUUAUCUCUACCGAAAGAUCAGAAAGUGUUGCAAAAAUUCAAUCCCUUACUUUUGGAAUCGAAUUUCGUAUCACGACAACGAAUAUUACUCGCUGAAAUCCAAAAUGACAACAUAAUUCUUUACAUCUAUAAUUGGUCGAAAGAGAAAUCUGAAAAAUUGAUAAAACAAUCCACCAGUUUAGGGACAUGGCUCUCUUCGAGAUCAAAUUUUGUUGUGAACAUAAUAAUGCAAAAAUUAGGAAUAUUCCAUCAUCGAUCCAACGUAUCGAGGGAUCAAACGAACUCGCAAUAUUUCCAAAUUACGGAUAUGGAGAGUCUUAUAAAAUUCUCUUCUAUACCGCACAACGAUGAUAAAGAUUGGACAAGAUCCAACAAUAGGACACAAAACAUGAAACACAAUCAAUUUUCAUGGAACGAAGUAAUUGGUCAAACAAUGCGCGAUGUAAAAUCGAACAGUUAUUUUUGUAAUAACAUUGAUCUUGUUACAAAGGCUGUAUGCGACUUGCAAGAUUUGCGUAAUCACGAGAGAAAAAUGAAAGAGGACUUGAGUAAGUUGCAUGCGAUGUGGCAAAAUCGUAAUGCUGCUCCGAGCAUUCCUGUUUCGAUCAACGCUUUGAACAUGUCCAAACAACAUUCUCGUUUGAUACACUUUUGCCACACGCCUCUGUUAUUCUUACCUUCUUGGCGUUUUCAAUCAGCAGCAACGAGAGAUCAUUCGUUAACGGUACACCAACACUUAUCACAAGCACAGACAAACCGACAGACAGAUAUUGUAAAAUGGCAUCAAGAAUUGUGCAGUUUGAUGUCAUCCGAAUACAAACAAUAUCUUCAAAUAUUAGGGUUUCAUCCAGUUCAAGUGGACCCUCUCGAUGAAAGGCAAGGUUCUUGUGUGAAAGGACAGAGUCAACAAGAAUCUUAUUAUCUUAAAAAAUCAAUGCUGGGAGGUGUACUGCUGUUUGAGAUUUAUUUAUCGCAGCCAUUUUUUAUCGUUAAAUUACAUAUCAUCGAGUGCAGUCGUUUACAAACGAAAACCAGUAGCGCGCUAGUUAAUCAGUUUCUAUUAAGUUUCGUGGAUGCGUGUGACAAAAUCAAGAUCAAUAUGCAUCUACACUCGUUCACGUAUGAUUUUCACUUACGAUGUAUCCACUCGUACAUUGCCGGAAACGGACCUUGGUCAUUGCAACAAGGUUAUCAUCUUAUUCAUUUUCUUGAUGAUUUUAAUAAAUAUUAUAGCAAAGCACCAAAUUAUGCCAGAAAUCUUAUAUAUAGUGAUGUAGUGACUAUUCGUAAUUUGACAAUACCAGGUCGGACAUUAUAUUCUUAUUUAUUAUCUCACGAUAAAAUGUAUAAUAUGCGCGUAUUUGUAAUGAAAAACGAUCGGCAAGAUUUCAAGGAAAGUGAAUACGUUUUAAUAAACUUGAAGAGUACACCAUCCAUCAGUUAUUGCGAUGCACAGGGCACAAGAUACACUGAUGAUUUUGAUGUCGCAUUAAUUGUAUCGCAUUUAGAACAACCUCCGCAAAUAGACACAACGGAAAUUACUUUGAAAUAUUAUUUAAUGCUGACGAGUAAAAGAGAAUUGUAUCCAAAGAGGGAAGUAGAAAAUAAUAAACUCGGGAAAUUUCGCACUGUAUAUAGUAUCGAAAAGCCUGUAAUAAGUACUUAUGCGGAGUCAGAAUCAGUCACGGAAAUUCUUCAAAAGGACUCGGUAAAAGAAUUCUCCCCAGAGUUUCAAGCGCUUGGUCAAGAUUCAAAAGAAAAUGAAAAUGACUCGAAACUACCGAGUCCUACUUUGAAUACCAAUUGCAAUAGCGCAACUGCACCGACACCACCGCCUGUUCCAAAUUCUCCAUUAACGCAAAAUGCAAAUCUUCCAAGCGCGCCGAUAAAUUCACCGUCGUCCCAUUUAAUUCAAAUACGACAAGAAUCGAUUAAUUACUUGGGCUACUAUUCAUCGCACGAACAAUUAAUGCAACAAACGAUAAUGUCUCAAGCAGACGCGGCUCGUAUGCAUAUACUGAAUAUGGUAGAUCGAGGAGCUUUGCAAUGCAAAACGCAUCUGCUGUGGAAUAAAUUAUUGGAAAGUAAAUCGGCAAUGAAUUAUAUGGAAUUUUCCGAACUUUGCUCUCUGGCUCACGUUGAGCCUUUAUCGCAUUUGGAUCCAAGACUCAGGCCGUUUUUUAACCAGCCGCUUUCUUGGUAUCAAACUUUAUCAAAAGUUCUGCAGAAUAAAUAUCAAGAGCAUCAUAAACAGUUUAAUACAUCAGAUGGAAAUAUCACGCAUCUUCUUAUACUACAUCCAAGUUUCUUUCAAGUUUUCAUGAUGCUGACUAUAAAUCUACAUGCUUCAAAAGGGGAUUUGUAUGCAGUUUAUUGUAAAUCGAAAGAAGUAAUUAAUACUCCAUGCUGUAUAGAAGACAUUUACACUUUAAUCGAAGGUUUUGUGAAUGCUUGUUGUUUUCACUUGUGGAUGAGUCUUUAUAAUUAGUAAUAAUUACGAAUGAUCAAAAAAAACAAAUUUAAAAAUAUUAUUCAUGUCCUCCUAACGAAAGACAUGAAACUGGGAUAUUGUCAUUA